AUGCUAGCCCAUCUUCUGUGUGAAACCUUGGUGGGUCCCGACCCGGAAUCGUCGAGUGACACGAUUGGCCCAAACAACAACAACCAUCCCUGCUCCAACGUCACCAAGAGCUGCAAGGACAACCGAGAGCCCGGCUUGGUGAAACCCCCGCUGAGAGCAGUCCAGCCACCUCCCCCUUCCAUCACCAUCUAUACCAAGCCAACGCGGCUUUCCCUUGAGCGUAGCUUCUCAGCGGAGGAAGACCAGCAGAAGUGUGUAGAGUGCACCCUGCAGCCUGCCCGCGUGUACACCAUCACAACCCAGCGCGGUAUGCUGAUGAGCAGCGGCCGGGGCAGCAAGGAGAGCCUAGAACUGGACGUCCUGAAGGAGAAGUCGGGGAGUGGCGGGGUGGGAUCCAGAGGUGGCUUGAUCCAGCCCUCAACUUCCCCUUCCUCCGCCUCAUCGUCUCCAACCCAGUACCACCAUGCCAGUAGCGGCCGUGGUGUCAGCCAUCACCACCGUGGUAACCAUCCCCACGGGAACCAUCACCACCACACCAUCGCGGGCACCAACGCGCCCUCCAGCAGUGGAGGAAGUGGCGGGGCAAGUGGAAGUAGCAGUAGCAACCAGCAACAGUCUCUGAACGUCGCUGGAUCCCACUCCCAUGUAUCACACCACCACAGCCACCACCAUCACCUGUCUCAGCCCCCGCUGCAGACCUCCGUCAGCGCCCACAACAUCCGCAGCUGGGGCGAGGGUGGAAAAGGGGAGGCAGAGUGCAGCGGGCUGGCAUGUGACUCAUGCAGCGGAGCCCCCUCCCGGAGCCAGGGCUCCCUGGACCUGGAAAGCGCAUCCCGAGAGGCAGGCAAGCAGCACCGACGCCUAGAGCGGAUGUGGAGUGUGGACCGGAUGACUGGGCUGGAGAGAGAGGACACUAACUGGUUCCCCAAGGAAAAUAUGUUCAGCUUUCAAACUGCCACAACAACCAUGCAGGCGUGAGUCCAACCUUCAAGCUCACAUAAAUCUUACAUGUACACAAAUGCACAUACAUAAACACGUAGUCACGUUUAUUGUGUAUCCUCUGUCUGAAUGGUCAGGCUUGUUUUAAGCUAUUAACUACAAACUAAGAUAAACCUUAAUAAGAUAAACCUGCUGAGCCCCAGCAUGCUAUAGAUUUUUUGAUUGAUUUCCUACCUUCCAGGCUGCGAUGGAUUUUUAUUUCAGUAAGCUAUAAAAAUCAACUUACAGACCAUUAAAGGCCGCUCAAGGAGAUCAAUCUUUCAUAGUGAAUAUUUUGUCAAUCCUUUUUAUUUUUUGGCUUAAAGUUAAAUAAUUGAUGCAUGGUAAAGCAGUGGAAAGCAGGACAUGUUUUGAAAGAUCUCCUUGUUGGUACUUUUCAAGGACCAUUUGACAUCUGAGAUUUAACUGCUGAUUGUUAGGGUUAGGGGUAGGAAUAGGGUUAUCAGGCUGAUUCUCAUU